CUGCCACCACCUCUCGGGAGGAGAGGAAGUGGGAGAGGAGCCCACGUAACAUGUCAUCCAAGACCUCCAGCCAUGUGGUCUCAAGGAGUGUAAGAUGUUUGCCUCUGCCAAGCUCGCCUGCACCCCCACUCUGAUUCGAGCUGGAUUCAGAGUUGCAUACAGACCAAUUUCCGCAUCAGUGUUAUCUCGACCAGAGACUAGGAAUGGAGAGGGCUCUACGGUAUUUAAUGGGGCCCAGAAUGGUGUAUCUCAGCUAAUCCAAAGGGAGUUUCAGACCAGUGCAAUCAGUAGAGACAUUGAUACUGCUGCCAAAUUUAUUGGUGUGGGUGCUGCAACAGUAGGAGUGGCUGGUUUUGGUGCUGGUAUUGGAACAGUCUUUGGCAGCCUUAUUAUUGGUUAUGCCAGAAACCCUUCGCUGAAGCAGCAGCUGUUCUCAUAUGCUAUCCUGGGAUUUGCCUUGUCUGAAGCUAUGGGUCUCUCUUGUUUGAUGGUUGCUUUCUUGAUUUUGUUUGUCAUGUAACAAAUUACUGCUUGACAUGUUGGCAUUCAUAUUAAUUAUGGAUGUAAUUUUGUGUAUCUUACUGUGACUCCAAAAACUGUAGUAUUGGUGUCAUGGAAAUGUAUAUUGUUUCCAAAGUCAUUUCAUUAAAGAUGAAAACUU